AUGGCGAGCCAGAAGGAUGAACUCUUGGCCCUGAGGCUGCAGAAGCUGGAGCAACAGCAACAGUUAUUUGAGAAGAAACAGAGGCGGAAGCGCCAAGAGCCCCUCAUGGCUCAAGCCAAUACCGAUGCUCCGAGGAGGCCGCGGAGGCCUCGGCGCAGGGAGGAGCGCAUCCGGAAAGACCAUGGCCCAAGGAACCCUUUUCUCCAGGAAAAUGUACCACAGGCACAUCUGCCUUCUAGGAACGAAAGGGCCCUGGUCCCCUUGAACUAUGUUGGGGAUGGCAGUGGCGAGGGGGUCCAACUGCAGCUGCCUACAGGAGCAGCAAAUAAUCAGGAAGCCUGCUCUGCAGUCGGUCAUCUACAGUGGCUCCGAGACAAUCCAGAUUCAGAAGUGGAAGACGUCUCCAAGGAGGAUGUUUCUGUUGCCUCACCAUGUUAUAGCGCAACUCAAAGCAGAGAUUGGUUAACACCCUUGGUGCCUGGGACCAGUGCAGAGGAGGGUGAACCCCUGAAUGCUGUGCAUAAACACGAGGAACCUAGUCUGGAUCCAAUCCUUGAAAUAAGUCCUGAUGAGGGACAUGGAAACACGGCUUCCUGCGAGGUGGAAGGAGGCACAGUGAAGCCGAAGCAUGACAAAGAUGUGAACAAGGAGAAAGAGGCUACAGCUAAGGAGGAGGCUUCGAAAGAAACUAAGAAAGAGGCUUGGCAAGAAGCUUUCGAGUCUGCAAUGGCUGAGGCCCCAGCAGCAGUCCAGGGCGACAUGGCCAUGGUGGCCAACGUCGAGGAAGGCAGGGGCAGCGCUGACAUCCACAAUACGUACGACAUGACCUGCUCUCAGCCCCUCUCCCCUGGCCCUCUACUGGGCCAGGAUCUGCAGGCUUACGUGCUGCUGCCUACGCAGUUGGACCACACCUUACAGUGCCGCAUAGUCCGAAACAAGCAUGGUGUGGACAAGGGCAUGUUCCCUUCCUACUUCCUCUACCUGGAGACACCGGAUGGUGGGAUGCACUUCCUGUUGGCUGCACGAAAGAGGAAAAGGAGUACAACCUCUAACUAUCUCAUCUCCUUGGACCCCCAUAAUGUGUCUCGGAGCAGAGGCAACUAUGUAGGCAAACUCAGGUCCAAUGUCUUGGGCACAAAGUUUACCAUCUUUAACAAUGGGAUGAAUCCAGAGCAGAGAUACUCCUUCCGAGAGAGUGCCCCGAUCAGAGAGGAGCUGGGAGUUGUAUGUUAUGACACCAACAUUUUUGGGUUGUGGGGUCCUCGGAAAAUGACUGUGAUCCUCCCAGGAAUGAACAGCCAGAAACAGAGAAUGAGUUUCCAGCCACUAAAUUAUCAGGACACUCUACUGGGUCACCUUGAAAGAGGCAAGCAGCACCAGCUCAUCGUGCUGCACAACAAGGCUCCGCUGUGGAGCGAGUAUACUGGUGCCUAUGUGCUUGAUUUUCACGGCCGCGUUACUCAGGCCUCUGUCAAGAACUUCCAGAUCACGAGCCGGAAUGACCCGAACUACCUGGUGCUCCAGUUUGGCCGAGUAGCUCCAAACACGUUCACAAUGGAUUUCCGGUACCCGCUUUGCCCACUCCAAGCCUUCGCCAUCUGCUUAUCCAGUUUGGAUAGGAAACUGGCGUGUGAGUAACUGAAUAAAACAUUAUCCCUCACAAA